CUCCCCCUCCUCAACAAAAUCUCCCCCGCCACCGCUUCCAUUCCCCAAUUCAAUUCAACACCGAAUAAUCAUCAAGAAACCCAAACCAUUUCCGCAGAUACAACACGCGAAUAAACAAGCUCGCUCGCUCACUCUCCGUCCUUUUGCAAAGUCAUUCCCCAUCAAACUCGAGUCGACCCGAGGGAUAGAGAAAAUCCGCAGGCGGUUAUACUUCCUCAGUUAUGGAUCCCGGAAAGUUCACCCACAAGACGAACGAAGCGAUUGCCAAUGCCCACGAGCUGGCACUGACAGCAGGCCACGCCCAGAUUACUCCCAUCCACCUCGCCGUCUCUCUCAUCACCGACCCCGCCGCAAUUCUCAGCCAGGCGAUCGCCCAUGCCGCCUCCGGCGAAGCGGCCGCCCAGUCGGCGGAAAGGGUUUUCAAUCAUGCUCUCAAGAAGCUCCCUUCUCAGUCUCCGCCCCCUGAUGAAGUCCCUCCAAGCACCAGUCUCGUUAAGGUCAUUAGGCGCGCCCAAGCCCUGAUGAAGUCUCGUGGGGAUACCCAUCUGGCCGUUGAUCAGUUGGUUCUUGGCCUUCUUGAGGAUUCCCAAAUUGGGGAUUUGCUUAGGGAAGCUGGGAUUGCUUCUGCCAAGGUGAAGUCCGAGGUGGAGAAGCUGCGAGGUAAAGAAGGGAAGAGGGUCGAGAGUGCCACCGGUGACACCACAUUUCAGGCGUUGCAGACUUAUGGUAGGGAUCUCGUGGAACAAGCUGGGAAGCUAGACCCUGUGAUUGGAAGGGACGAUGAGAUUAGGAGGGUGGUUCGGAUUCUGUCUCGCAGAACCAAGAACAACCCUGUUCUCAUUGGAGAGCCUGGGGUGGGGAAAACUGCCGUUGUUGAAGGUUUGGCUCAGAGGGUUGUCCGUGGUGAUGUUCCAAGCAAUCUCGCUGAUGUGAGGCUUAUUGCGUUGGACAUGGGAGCUUUGGUUGCGGGUGCUAAAUACAGGGGAGAGUUUGAGGAACGGUUGAAGGCUGUACUGAAAGAAGUCGAGGAAGCUGAAGGGAAAGUGAUUCUGUUUAUUGAUGAAAUUCAUCUGGUUCUUGGAGCUGGUCGCACGGAGGGCUCGAUGGAUGCCGCUAAUUUGUUCAAACCCAUGCUUGCUAGAGGGCAGCUGAGGUGCAUUGGAGCUACCACAUUGGAGGAGUACAGGAAGUAUGUGGAGAAAGAUGCUGCGUUCGAGAGGAGGUUUCAGCAGGUCUAUGUUGCCGAGCCUAGCGUGUCAGACACCAUCAACAUUCUCCGUGGCUUGAAGGAGAAGUAUGAGGGUCAUCAUGGUGUCCGAAUUCAAGAUCGAGCCUUGGUCGUUGCAGCUCAACUCUCUAGUCGCUAUAUCACAGGCCGUCAUUUGCCUGAUAAGGCCAUUGAUCUGGUAGAUGAAGCGAGUGCUAACGUAAGAGUUCAGCUAGACAGCCAACCUGAAGAAAUUGACAAUAUGGAGAGGAAGAGGAUCCAAUUAGAGGUUGAGCUCCAUGCACUCGAGAAGGAGAAAGAUAAAGCCAGUAAGGCUAGGCUCACUGAGGUUGUGAAAGAGCUUGAUGACUUGAGGGACAAGCUCCAUCCUUUGAUGAUGAAGUACAAGAAGGAGAAAGAAAGGAUUGAUGAGAUCCGGAGGCUGAAACAGAAGAAGGAGGAAUUACAUUUCUCCAUUCAAGAGGCAGAGAGAAGAUUAGAUCUCGCCAGAGUAGCAGAUCUGAAAUAUGGAGCAUUGGAGGAAGUUGAGGCUGCCAUAACACGACUUGAAGGGAGCACAGAGGGGAACAAUUUGAUGCUGACCGAGACAGUUGGACCCGAACAAAUCGCAGAAGUUGUGAGUCGGUGGACUGGCAUUCCCGUUACAAGGCUUGGCCAGAAUGAUAAGGAGCGACUGAUAGGGCUCGGAGACAGGUUGCAUCAGAGAGUCGUCGGUCAGAAUGAUGCUGUUGAUGCUGUUGCUGAAGCCGUGCUGAGAUCGAGGGCUGGUCUCGGGAGACCUCAGCAACCGACUGGCUCCUUCUUGUUCUUGGGACCCACUGGCGUGGGGAAGACAGAACUUGCAAAGGCUCUUGCUGAGCAACUGUUCGACGACGAGAAUCAGAUGGUUCGGAUUGACAUGUCUGAGUACAUGGAACAGCAUUCUGUUUCCAGGCUCAUUGGGGCUCCCCCGGGCUAUGUUGGUCAUGAGGAAGGUGGCCAACUGACGGAAGCUGUAAGGAGGAGGCCUUACAGUGUUGUUCUGUUCGACGAAGUUGAAAAGGCUCAUGUUGCUGUAUUCAACACACUACUCCAAGUCUUGGACGAUGGGAGGUUGACUGAUGGCCAGGGUCGCACAGUGGAUUUCAGGAACACAGUCAUCAUUAUGACCUCCAACCUUGGAGCAGAACAUCUUUUGUCUGGCUUGAUGGGGAAAUGUCCAAUGCAAGCUGCAAGGGACAGAGUAAUGCAAGAGGUUAGAAAGCACUUCAGGCCAGAGCUGCUGAACAGGCUAGAUGAAGUGGUGGUGUUUGAUCCUCUCUCACAUGAUCAAUUGAAGAAGGUUGCUAGGCUGCAAAUGAAGGAUGUUGCGGUCAGGCUAGCCGAGCGGGGUAUUGCCUUAGCUGUCACUGACGCUGCCCUGGACUAUGUCCUUGCAGAGAGCUAUGAUCCUGUAUAUGGUGCACGUCCAAUUCGGAGAUGGCUGGAGAAGAGGGUAGUGACAGAGCUAUCCAGAAUGCUGGUGAGAGAGGAGAUCAACGAGAACUCGACCGUGUACAUAGAUGCGGCAGUUGGUGGAAAGGGCUUGGCUUAUCGAGUUGAGAUGAAUGGUGGUUUAGUGAACGCUGCAACUGGGCGGAAGGCUGACAUCCUGAUAGAGCUUCCCAAUGGGAAUGAGCCAAGGAGAGAAGCUGCUCAGGCUGUGAAGAAGUUGAAGAUAGAGGAGAUUGUUGAUGAUGAAGACGAAGUCAUGGCUGAGUAGAAAUCACAUCCCUGGUGGGUGUUGAGAUCUAGAACUGUUUUGAGAAAAAAAAUGAGCAACUCUCAACCAACCACUCUAUGUUGUCUUUGUGUCUGUCGGUCUAUAUGAUCUCAAGUCAAGUGUGGAUAAAGGAGGGAACUGGGAGGUCUUGUAGUGUGUGCAUGAUCUUUUUGCCUGUUCUGCUGUAAAUUCUGGUUUGGUUGUGAGGUUAUUUUGCUGUGAAUUUUUGGUCUGGGUCGCGUUGCUUUUGCCCCAAAGUGACUUUUAUGACUUGUUGCAAUGAUUCGGACCUGAAACUUGUAAGGUGUUCAACAGUUCGUUGGUGUUGCUGCAAUUGGAUAAAACUAGCUAAAUCGCAAACUACAUAAAACAAUAUUCUAAAU